AAAUUUGACAUAGAUUAUCUUCCAUGGCAACGUUAUAAUCUCCGAACAAAUUAUUUAGAUUGGACGACUUUAGCAUAUAGCUACCAUAUAAACUGACCGAUCAAAAUCAAGAUAAAGAUCUUUUUAUAAUCUUUUAUGCUAUAAGAAAUGAGCAUGUGAAGGGUAUUAUAGCUUCGGUGUGGCAAAAGUAAACGUUCUUUCUCGUUUUUUUUCUAUUUUUUAUACUCAAAUACAAACCAUAAUUUGGGUAUCAACGAGUUACGUCUAUUUUUUAUAACACAUGUAUUAACUGCUAUUUUUCAACAAUUUUUUUCUAUUCUUACAGCAUACACUUGCAGCUGGCAAUGCUAACCAUAAAGUUCCCUCAAUGUAUAACAGUUUUGACACAGAUGGGAUAUUUCAUUUACUCUGCGCCUAAAAACAAACCAAUAAAUGUGUCAAACAGAGAAUGCAAUUUCUUGCUGCUUCUUCCCGUUUCGUACGCGUAUCGUGUGUGUUGUACUUUUUCUCAUCGUCGUUGUUGAAAUUAAAAAUCUAUUGUUUUUAACUUCAUACAUUUUUGUUUUUCAAACGAAAUCAAAAACACAAAACAACGAAAUUGUUUCUUCCUCGUAAUCGCCGACAACGUAGAAUCGUUUAACUUCUCCAAAAUGUGGCCCAAACGAAUUGUGAACAACGAAUUUUUCGCCGUGUGUCGGUUGUGAAUCUCGGAAUAAACGAAUAAGCGAACAAAUCGACAAAAGAAAAAUAUAUCGAGCCAACUUUUAGGCGUAUAUACGUCAGCUGAAAGCUGAAAUCUUCAAGCUGUUAAUUUGCGGCGUGAUAAACAAAAUUCAAAAGAUGGCAAGCGUGAUGUCAAAUCGUAAUAACGUCAGUUGAAUUGACCAAAUUUAAAACGUGUGCAACAACAUCAAAAACAUAGCAAAUAAUUUUAUUAAAAAGUGCUUAAGUAAAUUAAUUAAAGAAAGCAGUGUUUUAUAAAGCAGAAAGAAAGCAAGCAAAAGUGGGCGAAACUUGCUUUACUUUCACAUAAGCUUUUCAAAACCCCCGUUGUACAACGCCUAUAGCAUCGCUAAACGAAUUGUAAUACAUCAUCAGUUGUCACGAUGGCCGAUAAAGGAAAGGAAACCCCCAAAAAUACGGAACAAAAGAACCAAGUGACCCGCGCCAUGCCCGAACAGAGCAAUGACUAUCGUGUUGUUGUGUUUGGUGCCGGUGGUGUGGGUAAGAGCUCGCUGGUCUUACGUUUUAUUAGGGGCACCUUCCGCGAAACGUACAUACCGACCAUUGAGGACACUUAUCGACAGGUAAUUAGCUGCAAUAAAAAUAUUUGCACACUGCAAAUAACGGACACAACAGGCUCACACCAAUUUCCGGCUAUGCAAAGACUGUCGAUAACCAAGGGUCAUGCGUUCAUAUUGGUCUACUCGGUGUGCUCCAAGCAGAGUUUAGAGGAGCUGCGACCCAUUUGGCAGAAUAUUAAAGACCUUAAGGGGCCGGACGUAGUCAAUAUACCGGUGAUGUUGGUGGGAAAUAAGAACGAUGAAAGCGCCGAGCUACGUGAGGUAACACAAGCUGAGGGGCAGGCACAGGCCACCGCCUGGGGCAUAUCGUUUAUGGAGACAUCAGCCAAAACCAAUCACAACGUCACCGAAUUAUUUCAGGAGCUGCUCAACAUGGAAAAAUCACGCAUUGUAUCGCUGCAGUUGGAUGUCAAAAAGCAUAAGAAACAGAAGAAGGAGAAGAAGGUUAAAGAGAGUAAUGGUGCUAUACCGGAAAACGGCGACGGAGCAGCCGGUGCCAAGGAGAAAUGUCAACUCAUGUAAGGCUGUCAGCGUGUAUGGCAGAAGCUUAACGCGUCAACUGUGCUUAGCAGAGGUAACCAUGUUGUUGGAGUUAGUGAAUGAAUGGCCGCGAUGCAAGCCCAACUUGCGCCUUUCAAAUAUACGCAGAUACACAAACACAUAUAUGCAUAUAUACACAUGUAUGUGUAUGUGAAAAUGGUGGUAAAAGCACCAGCGGCACUAGGGCAAGUUUGUUGACAAUUAUACUCGUUUUGAAUUCACUUCAAAUUAGCUUUAAAAAAAAAACAAUUUUAACUUAUACUCAAAUGUUACAUAUUUUAAUUAUUUAUUUAUUAGAGUAAUUUAGGCUAAUAAAGUGCGUAUUAUAUAAUUAUUUAAGCAUUAAAGGUGUAUAUACCUAUAUAUACAUAUAAUAUAUAUACUGCAUCUAGCUGCAUGUAGAGUGCAUUUGUAAAUUUUCAAUAUGUUGUUAAGAUUUAUUAGAGCGUACCAAAGAGAUUUUCAGGGGCCAUUUCAUAAUUACAUACAUUAAAUACAAAAACAAUUUUUGCACACCGAGUGAAGGAAGUUCAUCUAAAGGAAAAUUCGGAAAAAAUACAUUGAAACCCAUAUAUACCUGCAGAGAAGUCUGAUGAAAAGUUCAUAAAUACUAAUUUUAUUUAUCAACAAAAAGUUUUCAAUACGCCAAGAAACUAAAAUAAAUUUAUAGAGCCAUUUCAUUGAGUUUUUAUUGCAGAGAACAUCCCUACAAAAAUUUAAAAAUCUGCCUUUUUGAACAUAAAAUAUAACAUUUAACUAAUUUUUACAAAUAUUAUUUUCUAUUUAACUCUAGUUUAAAACGAAUGCUAUAAUCAAAAUUUUAUUUAAAAACGUAUAUAAAAAAUAUCUAUCGACUGCCGUGUAUUCCGAUGUUACUAAAACAACGAAAUCGAAGUUUGUUUUUCUUCAUAUUUAUUUUCUAAAAAAGAAAUAGAGAGUAUUUCACCCAAAAAAACAUUUUCGUUUACAAAACAACUGAAAAAAUAUGCCAACAAUUUAAAAGCACUUGAAUAUUAUUUAUAUGGAGCCAUAUUCGAGAUUUAAGAAGAGAUUAUUUAAAAAUUUUCUAAAUAUUUUAUUUAAUAAUUAAUACUUAUAUUAAUACAUUAGUAUAAGAAAUAUUUUUGUUCGAUAAGUUCAUAUUAUUUUUUUAAGCAUACUUAGAGGCGCGUGGUAAUUUUAAAGAAUAAACGUUUAAGAGAUAUCUGAUCAGUUACUCUUCCUCUCUUUCUUUGUGCGAGAUUUAACAUGAGAUUCUUCUGAAAUUUUCCAAUUAUUUGUUAUAAAUACAUUAAUACAUUAUUAUAACAUGAAAUAUAUAUACAUAUGUAUAUGUACAUCAAUAUUUUUGUUCCACAAUUUUAUAUUUUCGCCAGCACCUUAUAUUAGUUAAGCAUUUUAAGGCAUACUUAUAGGCGCGAGAAAAUUUUACAGAAUAAACAUGAAAUAAAUAUCUGAUCAGUUGCUCUCUAUAUCUCUUUAUAUAUGUUAUUAUGUAAAUAAUAUACAAUAGUUUAAUCUAAAAUGUGUAAACUUUUCGGUUUCACUAACGGAUUCGUCUGCCAUUUUUUCAAUUUGAUAAUCACACAUUUAAUAAUUAUAGUUUUAUUUAUUAAACUGAUAACACUUGCUUGUCUUGCACUUUAGCUUCAAAUAUUUACGAGUAUAUAGUACAUAUAUAGUUUGGAAAAAGUUUUAAAAAUGAUGCCAAAUUAUACCUUGACUUUUAAAAAAAGCUUAAAUGUUGAUAAACUUUUUUUUUAGUAAUUUCUAGUUUAGCUUUUGACUUAUAAUUCAUCGAAGAACUCACCAACAUCAAAACACACACACUUAUAUACAUAUCAAAAUCUACUGUACUUUUUUCUUCUUCAAAUCCUAAUUGGUUAACUAAAGUCGUUUGGAAAUUUCAUUAAAUAACUAAAUUUCAAUAAAAUAUCACAAAAAAUAACAACAUAAGCAAAAAUAUAAACUUAUAAAAUUUUUUAUAUAUAUAAUACAUAGAUACUAUAUAGUGUGUUGCUACUUAAAAAAAAUGGUAAAAUUAUAAAAAAAAUUCCAAAAUUUCUAUUAAUAUGAGUCAUAUAUUUUUUAAACUAACAUUUUGUGUAUUUUAUUUUUUUUUAUUUUAUUAGAUUUUUGAAAUUAUUUAUUUUUGAAAACCAAUUUAAAUAUAAUAAUAUUAACACGUUUUUUAUGCAAAAAUUCGCUUAACUAGUCAUUUUUAAAUUUGCAUAUUUUGCUUAGUGCAACACACUAUGUGUAUUUUAAUUUUUAUAAAAAUAAAAAUAUCGCUAUACGCUAUACAUACAAACAGAAAAUUAUCAAAAUCAGUACAUCUACAAAUAUAUCUACCUAUACGUAUAUGUAUCUGUAUAUAUCCUAAACUGUAAAAUAUAGAGCAGCUCGCUAAACCAUAGAGAAUCUAUAUGAAUAAAUAGCAGGAAAUGUACCGUUGUCUAUGUGCAUAUUUAAGGCACACACACAGGCAUACAUACAUAGAUAUGGUAUUUAAUCAAUAUAUAUACAUAUAUAUACACAUACUAUGCAAUCAUAUAUAUCAUAAUUGAUACAAACAUAUACAAUAUACAUAUACAUAUAUAUAUAUAUAUAUACUAUAUACUAUAUAUAUAUAUACAUAUAUAAAUCGUGGCAAAUAAUUAGCGUACAUACAAACCUAUAUAUACAUACAUGCUAUACCUAAACGAAAUGACAUAGUUAUACAAUUACCAGUACUUACUACAAUUACUAACAGCAAAAAAAAAUAAAUCUCUACAAAUAAAAAUAAACAACAACAAAUAGUAAAAUAAUAUUAAAUACUUCGCAAUAAAUUAUACAUAACAUACAUACAUAAACUAAAACAAACUACAUACACUCAUAGCACAUCCUAAGUAUUUUUACACAAUUACACACACACAGAAAUAUAAAUGCACUUCAGCCAGCAAGCAGUAGAACUACGUUUAAGUAUUUAUACAUAAAUGCAUAGUUACUCGCAUUUGUAUGUGCAAUGGGCAAUUAAAUGUAUGAACAACACUACUCACAAGCAUAAAUAUAUUUUCAAAAGGCGGUGCGUUGUUUCCCAAGUUGAUGCUCAGUUUCAAAAAAAUUAUUCAAUGUAGAUACUUAAGUACUUGAUUCAACUUAAACCGUGCCUAAAUCAUUUUACUCUUCCCAUGUGUUUUAUGUGAGACUUUUUGAUAUUUUGAUAUUAAGCAACGAACUCUACAACUUAAAAAAAAAACAUAUUCUAGUGCAAAUUUUCCGCGCAACAAAAAGAUUCUCGCUAAUUUGUCCCAUUAAGCCUAUCCUUUAAAAGUUAUACAUCAAAUGUAGUGAACAUUCAUUCAAAUGGUUUAUAUGGUACAUACUGUGUUACUCAUACAACAUGGUGUACUGUAUGAAUGCAAUACAUUUGAUGCAUAAAUUUAACUGAAUAUAACUUUUAAAGGAAAGUGUUUAUGAAAAAAAUUACCAGGAUCUUUUUUGUAGAGCUGAAAAUUUUGUAUUAGAAUAUGAAGAUGUUCAAAGUGGAUGUUUAUUUUCUUGUAAGAUAUAAAAUUUAACGCAAAACAUAAAAAACUCCGAUGUAAAAUGUAUGGGAGAAGAAAUAUGAGUUAGGCACGAUUUAAACUGAAAAUAAAGAGUUUCUUAACGUUGGAUUGUUUUUUAAGACAAAAAUUCAAACUGCAGAGGACUUUCGCAAAAGAAAUGAUCAAAUUGAGAAAUAACGGACACCCUAACAUAUUUACCCACACCUACAAACAUACACAUGUACUAUGUGAAAUAAUUUCAAUAUUUUUGAAAUGCACUGCAACUGUUAUUCUUUUUAUUUUAGCGGAGUGAUGGGAUUAAAUGUACGAUUAAUAUAAAUUAAAAUUUGCACACCUAUACAUACAUGCAUACUUAUAUAUGUAGAUGCAUGCACACAUACGAACUUUAUCAACUCAAAGGCUUGAAAAAGAAGUAAAUUUAAGUAAUUUGUACAUGUACCAUAUAGAUUUAUUUUUCUAAGCAGCACAGCAACAACAAAUCAACCAUACAUGCACACAUAUACACACAUGCAAUAUAUAUAUACAUACUACAAUACAUGCGAAGAAAUUGAUUGCUCGAAAUACUCAAUAAUAUUUACUAAGUUGAAGUCGAUAACGACUUGCAUGCGUAGCCCCCGAUAAAAUUAAUAAAUAAUUCAAGCGAAUUACAUAUACAUACAUACAUAUAUUUUUUAAAACUAAGUAAAUCAAUAGGUGAAUAAGAAAAGCUUUUAAGCUUUUACGGCUCUUAUACAGUUAAGUUAUGCGUACCAAUAAUUUGUGUAAAUACUUGUACGUAAACCAACAACAAAAAAGUUAGCAAAGUAAGGAGAAAGAAUUAAGGAAAAACAUGUGUAAUACUUAUUUGCUGAAUUAACCAUUUAAAUGAGAAUUGAAGGAGUAAAACACUUAAAUUAAAAACAAAAACAAACACGCCUUGUGGGUAAGAAUUGGAUUUUUUUAAUUAAAAACUAAUAAGUACUGUUCUGCUAUUUUAAGCUGAAACUCAAAUUUUAUUACAUGUUAUUUAUUAUUUGUUUUAUUCAGAAGCAUUUUCACUUAUGCAAAAACUUGCAUAGCAAUUCUUUUGUAUUUCUUAUGAAACUUGAAGUAGGUAAAAUGCAAUUUUUUUAGCAUUUAAGUUAAUUAAAGUGAAAUAUUAUAAAGGUAAACAAUUGAAUUGAAAUUUGCAAAGCUUUAAUUGUUAAUAUAAUAUUAAAAUUAAUUAAAACAAAAAAAAAAACAUAUGCAUAUAAUAAUUAUACAUAAUGACUUCUUUGUUCUUGAAGAAAACCAAUAAAUUUAAUUAAUUAAUAAUAGUAAUAUUUAUAAGUUUUUUUGCGCUGAUUUAAGCAAAACUAGUUCGUAAGUACAGUAAACAUCGAAAUAAAACCAAAAACCAAAAAAAAAAAAUAUAUUUUAUGAAUAAAUGCACCCGAAAAUUAUACAUACUUACAUAUAAGCAUACAUAUUUAAAACAUAGUUUGAUGAAAAAUUGAUAAUUAAUAGAAGAGUGCUUUUUUCGCCGUAUUCUAACGGAUAGUGGAAUAAUGUAUAGAAUAUUAACAGUUAUUAGCACUGAUUGCCAAUAUAUACAAGUAUUAUAUUAAGGCAAAAAAGAAAUUUAAAAUAAAUAAUUAAUAUUCAAUACAAAACUAAUUAGUAAAAACUUAAACAAAAAAACGAAUAUUAUUAUGUUAUAAAAAUAAAACAUUUAAUUAAUGAUAAAUUUAAACAAACUAAUAUUAAUAAAUAAAAUAGAAAAAUUAAAAAAAAUAAUAGACAUUAAUUAAUCAUUAUUAAUAACACCAAAAAAUUAAUAAAAAAUAAACAAAAAUUUAUUAAUAAUGAGAAAAAAAAUUAUAUCAAUAAAUAAAACCAAAAAAAAAUUAAUAUUAACAAUAAGUAUCAAAAAAACCAAUUAUUAAAAAAUGUAAAAAUAAUAAUAACAAAAAUUUUUUAAAAUAAUAACAAUAAAUAAUAAAAAAUUAUAAUAAAUUAAAUAAAUAAUAAUAUUAAUAAAUCUAACUAACAAAAAAUUAAUACUAAUAAAAAAAUUAACCAAAAAUCUUUAUUUACAAAAUAUAUUACCAAAAAGUAUAUUUAAUGUGUAUUAUAUAAAAAAAUAAAUUUACUUAUAAAAAAAAAGUUAAAAAAAAAGAAUUAAUUAAAAAUUAAAAAAAUAUAAUAUGAUAUUAGCAAAAAAGUUUAACAAAAAAAGUUUAUAUUAAUAAUAAAAAUUGAUAAGAAAAAAUAUUAAUAAAAAAUAUUAAAAUAAAACUAACAAAAACUACUACCAAAAAGUUUAUUUAAAGUAUAUUGAAAACCGAAAGCUCAGCUUCAAUUAUUUUAGAUUUACAAUAAACUGCUUAAAAGAAAUACGAAAAACCUAAUUUCAUAGCUUAAUAAACAUUAAAUUGUCACUGCAAAGAAAUAUACAUACGUAUUUUAUAACUAAUACCAA